CGCCACCUUUACUCAACAGUUGUGGAGCAGUGGUGAUUACUGUAAACACAGCCAAAGCCGUCAAAUUGCGCUAAAAUUGUGCAAAAAUUGUGAAGUAUAGAAAAAAACUAUACAAUUUCAUUGGAAUUCCGAGCGAAUUUCAAAGAAUAUUGCACAAGGACAGACGCAAGCAGCGUGUACAGCGAGCACAGAGAAGAAGCAGAGACAAGGAGACUCGGCGAUAGAAAAACGAAAGCGAAACGCAAAACUCGCUUUCUAGGUUGCUAACUUGUAAAACCAACAACAACAUAAGAGAAAAAAGAUGUCCGGCAUUGCUAUAACACGUUUGGGCGAAGAGCGAAAGGCUUGGCGCAAAGAUCAUCCAUUUGGAUUCGUUGCACGUCCGGCCAAAAAUCCCGACGGCACACUUAACCUGAUGAUCUGGGAGUGCGCGAUCCCCGGCAAAAAGUCCACACCCUGGGAGGGUGGCUUGUACAAGCUGCGCAUGAUCUUUAAGGACGACUACCCAACGUCGCCACCCAAAUGCAAGUUCGAGCCGCCACUCUUCCAUCCCAAUGUGUAUCCGUCGGGCACAGUGUGCUUGUCGCUACUGGACGAGGAGAAGGAUUGGCGUCCGGCCAUCACAAUCAAACAGAUCCUGUUGGGCAUUCAGGACCUGCUUAACGAGCCCAAUAUCAAGGAUCCGGCCCAAGCCGAGGCAUACACCAUUUACUGUCAAAACCGUCUCGAGUAUGAGAAACGUGUUCGAGCCCAGGCUCGUGCUAUGGCAGCCACCGAAUAAAGGAACCAAUAACACAAUACAACACAACAGCAAGAGACAAACAAGAAACAACUGAAAUACCGCUACUCUCUUCAUAUUUGCACACACACAACAACAAAGAACAUAAUAGAACUAAAAGUGAUCAUCAACACAAAACAACAACAACAAACAUUUAGGAUCGAAGCGUUUUCGUGAACGCUUCCUCUUCUGCUAACUACAAAACAUUUUCAUAAUUCCUAAGUUCAAUUAAUUCAAUUGAUUUUAAUGAUGUCAAACAAUAUGAGCAUUCGGAUUUCACCAAUUAUAAAUUAUAUAUAUAAUACAUAUAAAAUUUACCUUAUAAUUAAUAUACAUAUAUAUAUAUAUAGAUUUCCAAAAUUUUUUGAUUACGAGGCACUGUAAGAUCGAUUUGCUUUUAUUUCAAUAAAUCUAUAUACAUAUUUGA